UCGUCGGUUCUGCUCUUAAAAUGCGAUAACGAUCUAUUACGUGUGUACACAUUUGUUCAGCGUGCGCGCCCAAAACAUGGACAAUACUCACUAUAUAUAAAUAUUAUUUUCCUACAUGAAAGCAUACUUUAUAUCAAAGUUUCAGAGGUCAUCAUAGUUUGCAUUGCAUGGAAAAUACAAAAAUAAUUCGCUGGAGGACCGUGCAAGAGUCGCUACCUAAUAGUUCGAUUCGUGAAGAGGUUUUGAGUUCAACAUGAAAAUCGAGUGGGCUCCCAUCGAAGUUCCCAUGGAACGGCGUCGUCAGACGUUUGCCAUGGCUUUCUUUAUCCUUUCCUGCUUGAUACUUUCUUUUGGUUCUUAUAUUCUAGUUGCUGCCCUGCUGAUAUAUGGUGGUCUUAUGUGGCGCACCUUGAUGGUCAUUUACUUGGUCUACGUCUUUGUGGAUCACAGGAGAACCCACUCCAUUAUGGACGGCAACGGGUGGAGGAUUAACCGCAAUAAUUGGCUGUUUCGGCAUUAUCGGGACUACUUCCCCGUGCAGCUGGUAAAAACCGCCGAGCUACCCCCAAAUAAAAACUACAUUUUGGCCAGCUUUCCCCACGGAAUUCUGGGGACUGGCAUUUCCAUCAACAUGGGUCUAGACAUCUCCAAGUGGGUGGAACUGUUCCCGCAAGUCAGGCCCAAAGUGGCUACCUUGGAUCAGAACUUCCUGACCCCCAUUGUGCGUGGACUCCUGAGGUCUUGGGGCUUGGUUUCCGUUUCCAAAGAGGCGUUGGUAUAUUUGCUAACCAAAUCGAACGAUCCUAAGCACAAAGACAAUCGGGAUGGAUUUACAUCCAACGCGGUGGCCAUUUUGGUAGGUGGUGCCCAGGAGGCACUGGAUUCGCAUCCUGGUAAAUACAUUUUGACCCUAAAGAAUCGCAAGGGUUUCGUAAAAAUGGCCAUUCGAACGGGGUCAUCGAUUGUGCCCACGUUUUCCUUUGGCGAGGUGGACAUUUUAGAUCAAGUGGCUAAUCCCCCGAACUCCUUGGUUCGUCGCAUUCAAGAUUUUGUGAAAAAGAUUACCGGAAUUUCCCCAAUGAUUCCUCUGGGUCGUGGUAUCUUUAACUACACUUUUGGCAUCCUCCCCAACCGUCGGCGUAUUGUUCAAGUUGUUGGGUCCCCCAUCGAUGUGGUAAAGACGGAGCGGCCGGACCCUGAAUAUGUAGAUAAGAUACAUAAACAGGUCAUCGAGGACCUGGAGAAGAUGUUUGCUCAGUACAAAGAUCAAUAUAUACCAAACUCAAAACAGAGCAAGCUGAUUGUUCACUAAUCGGAAAAACAUUUGUUAUUAUUUUUCUAGGACACGUGAUUAAACUAAUGCUUUAUAAGCAUUGAAUAAAAACCAAUUAACUCAA